AAGAAGAAAAAGAAGAACGUCAUCACCUCUUUGAGAAUCUAUGACGUACUGCGCAUGUCCCACCCCCUUCAGCUGCGUCUGUCGGUCAUUGUUCAGUGAGGGCUAGCGAAUGUGCUAAAGGCUAACCAAGAUUAAACACAGCUCUUAACUGUAGUUUGCAUGUGCACCUUGCAUCUGUAAAUUCCAAAAGGACAUUUAACGGGGUUGUGAAAUCCACCAUGAGCAAGAGGAAGGCGCCGCAGGAAUCCCUCAACGAGGGAAUAACAGACUUCCUUGUGGAGCUGGCCAAUUACGAGAAAAAUGUCAACAGGGCAAUACACAAGUACAAUGCGUACAGGAAAGCAGCAUCUACCAUUGCUAAAUACCCUCAGAAGAUCAAAAGUGGUGAAGAGGCCAAGAAACUGGAUGGUGUUGGAGCUAAAAUAGCAGAAAAGAUUGACGAGUUCUUGCAAACUGGCAAACUACGGAAACUGGAAAAGAUCCGAAAUGAUGACACCAGCUCUUCCAUCAAUUUCCUCACCAGAGUUACCGGAAUUGGCCCUGCUGCUGCCAGGAAGUUUUUUGAAGAAGGGGUGAAGACAUUAGACGAUCUGAAAAAGAUAGAACACAAACUAAACCAUCAUCAACAGAUUGGACUCAAGUACUUUGAAGAGUUUGAGAAAAGGAUCCCACGUGCUGAAAUGGAAAAGAUGGAGACGCUGAUUCUUGGAGAGUUGGGGAAAAUUGAUGAAGAAUAUAUUGGAACAAUUUGUGGAAGUUACAGGAGAGGCGCUGCAUCGAGUGGUGAUAUUGAUAUUUUGCUGACCCACCCAGACUACACCUCUGAGACUGAGAAGCAGCCAAAGCUGCUCAAUGCCGUCGUCGAACAUUUGGUGUCCAUUGGGUUUGUGACUGACACUCUGUCCAAAGGAGACACCAAGUUCAUGGGAGUCUGCCAACUGCAGCAGAGCGAUGACGAUGAGGAAGAAUACCUUCACAGGCGUAUUGAUAUUAGGUUAAUUCCUAAGGACCAGUACUACUGUGGAGUCCUGUAUUUCACUGGAAGUGAUAUCUUCAAUAAGAAUAUGAGAACUCAUGCUCUUGAGAAGGGCUUCACGCUUAAUGAGUAUACCAUCCGACCAGUUGGGGUCACCGGUGUGGCAGGGGAGCCUCUUCUGGUGGAUAGUGAGAGAGACAUCUUUGAAUACAUCCACUACAAAUAUCGAGAGCCAAAGGAGCGCAGCGAGUGAAGUUGCUAUUACAUCUGUCGUUAAGGCUCCAAAUGUCCUGCAAAAAAGAUCAGAAGCUUGAGUACAAAUGUGUGGUUAGUCUUUGUUACAUCAUUCAACUGUGUAAUUGAAAAGAAAACAACUGUGAAAGUAAAUUUAAUUACUAUUUGUUUUGGACAUUUCUUUUCUAUCUUGGGUUUCAAUCAACCCUAUUGAUGACAUUUUAAACUUAACAUUUAACUUAACUUUUUUUACCUUAGAUUUUAGUCUCCAUGGUCAUGUAUGAAAGCUUUUGUGCUCAACAUUUUUAAGCAAAUUUUACAAUUAUGCUCAACAAUAAUAAUGAUAUUAAUAAUUAUCAUUAUUAUUGUUAUUUACCACACUUGAUAUUCCAUAGAAAGGUUCCAACAUAACCUGAGAGGAUCAGUCUCAUUUACGACUGGAUUCUGAUGCAGUUGUUACUCAUCCAUCAUAAACAGUGAGGACCACUGUCACUACCACAAACAUGACAAUUUAAUACUUUGGCUGAGUUGUGUAAAGGCAUUUUAAUGUGUAGUUGUUACACAUGCAAACGAGGCAGCAAUAUACUUAAUAUAUCAUAAGUACUGCAAACAUUUGUGGACAAUUGUCUCCAUUUCUCAGUAUAGACACUCAUUUUGGACAAAUGAAAAGAAAUAUUUUUCUCAGUUUUUGAUUAAUGUAUGAAAUUGUUACAGAGAGACUUGAAUCUUGUUUGUGUGAAAAUGAUUUAAUGUGAGGCAUGAUGGGUAACUGGAGUAUUGCUACAGUCAAACUUGUGAUACAGAUUUUUACAAAACCUAAAUGUUAGAAAUAGGACUUUUAAGUCAGUUUUUUGUAGGUGAAUGCAAAAAGUUUCUAAAGUAUUUAAGAGGAAACCAUGUUAAAGUGUGUUGUUCCAACUUUUUUGUUUAUGAGUAAAAAUAAAUGGCUGGGGUAAAGGAA